ACCCAUCACUCCACUCAUUCCAAGGCCUUCAUCUCUCAAGCAUCUUCAGCCAAUACAUCUCCAUAACAGGGAACAUGUCUGGGGUGAUUGCAAUUUCCCUGGCGACUCCCGCCACGACUCCUAAAAAGAGAUCCAAGCCCAAGAAGACUGGACCCACCGUAUCUGACCGCAUCCUGAAGGUUGUGUCAGCAUCGAAGGACCGUAGUGGUGUGUCUCUUGCGGCUCUCAAAAAGUCUCUGGCAGCCAGCGGCUAUGAUGUUGUGAAGAACAACGCUCGACUCAAACUCGCAGUCCGGCGUUUGGUGGCCAAAGGAUAUCUUCUGCAGCCCAAGGGCACUGGGGCGUCCGGCUCUUUCAAAAUUAACAAAAACAAAGCCGUCGUUAAAAAGAAAAAACCUAUCAAUAAUAAAGUCAAGAAGGUAGGGGGCAAGAUUGUCAAGAAAGCGUCACCUAAGAAGGCAGCGGGCGCCAAGAAGUCCCCAAAGAAAACCAAGAGGAAGAGUCCCAAGAAGGCCAAAAGACCCGCAGCAGCAAAAAAGACCAAGAGCCCCAGGAAGACCAAGCGCAGAGUCGCCAAAUCCACACGGGCUAAAGCUGCUCCUAAGAAGAAAUAGGCCUACCGUAGGUCUGCUCGAUCCGUUCUUGGUGGAAGACGUGGAAUUGAUUUUCCCUGCACAGUUUAAGAGGCCUCACAGUGCAUUUGUACAUCCGAAGAAUCCAUCUCAUGAACUUAAAUACGUUUGCUUAGCAGUUUUUACAGUGCUGACACUGUUACCCAUCUUGCGCUAGCUUUUCAUGAAUGCGGAGAUAGGGAGGAACCUGUAUAUCAUUGUUUAAAAAACAAUAAAUGUAUUUAAUUUC